CUCACUAACUUGUCUGGCCGCACUCAGCCUGAUAAACAGCUGCACUCCAUUAGGGAAACUUUCCUCCUAACCCCUGGUAUCUUGGUGUGUUUUUUUUUUUUUUUUUUCAAAUGUCUGCGACUUUUUGAGCUUUUUGUCUGUGGAUACUCGGAAAUAGAAAAGUCUGCACCGCUGGAUUCUCGGUUUGCGUAAUGCUGAGGCGUCCUCUCUCCAACAUCUGGAUUAACUAUUUGGAGUCGGAGCUAGCGGCCCUGCUCGGACCCUCUGCCUGUGUCGCCUGUCUUCAUGGAAAGACUGCUCCUUUUCUCUGGGAUUUAACUCUUUUUGAUUAACCGAGGCUUGUGGAUAGAUUAUGUAUUCUUUAAAAUGGGUGCGAACAAUGGAAAACAGUAUGGAAGCGAGGGUAAAGGGAGCUCAAGCAUCUCCUCUGACAUAAGUUCGAGCACAGAUCACACACCAACUAAAGCUCCAAAGAAUGUGGCUACCACCGAAGGUUUGGACUCCAGCACGAGGACCCUGAGCACCCCCAGCCCUGGCCUCAUCCUCCCAUCCAAGUCAUCCUCUCUCUCCUCACCAGCCCUCUCCAGCAACGGCCAUGAGACCAACUCCUCCUCCUCCUCUUCUGCCCAGGCUGAGACCGUUGCCGUCGUCCACGCUCAACCCGGCACACACACGCGCUCCCGCCAGUCCAAAAAUCACCACCACGCCCCUAUCGACCUCCUCCCUGACCACACCCUACUACAGAUUUUCUCUCAUCUCCCCACCAAUCAGCUGUGCCGCUGUGCUCGGGUAUGUCGCCGCUGGUACAACCUGGCGUGGGACCCGAGAUUGUGGGGCACCGUGCGGCUAACGGGGGAGCUGCUUCAUGUUGAUCGUGCCAUCAGGGUGCUGACCCACCGCCUGUGUCAGGACACCCCGAACGUGUGUCUGACCCUGGAGACGGUGGUGGUGAACGGCUGCAAGAGGCUCACCGACCGUGGGCUGCAUGUAGUGGCUCAGUGCUGCCCAGAGCUGAGACGCCUGGAGGUUUCGGGGUGUUAUAACAUCUCUAAUGAAGCUGUGUUUGAGGUGGUGUCCCGCUGCCCCAACCUGGAACACCUGAACCUCUCAGGCUGCUCCAAGGUCACAUGUAUCAGCCUCACCCAGGAGGCCUCGCUCCAGCUGUCCCCUCUCCACGGCCAGCAGAUCUCCAUCCACUACCUGGACAUGACUGAUUGUUUUUCCCUAGAGGACGAGGGUUUGCGAACUAUCGCCUCCCACUGCCCCCGUCUGACACACCUGUACCUGCGGCGCUGCACCAGACUGACCGAUGAGGCUUUGCGCCACCUGGCUCUCCACUGCCCUUCGAUACGGGAGCUGAGCCUCAGUGACUGCCGCUUGGUCGGGGAUUUUGGCCUUCGUGAGGUUGCACGCUUGGAGGGCUGCCUGCGCUACCUGAGUGUAGCCCACUGCACCCGCAUCACAGAUGUGGGGAUGCGCUACGUGGCUCGUUACUGCCCGAGACUGCGUUAUUUAAACGCAAGGGGUUGCGAAGGGCUGACAGACCACGGAUUGAGCCACUUAGCCAGGAGCUGUCCCAAACUCAAGUCCCUGGACGUGGGUAAGUGCCCGCUUGUGUCAGACAGCGGGCUGGAGCAGUUGGCGAUGUACUGCCAAGGCCUGAGGCGGGUGAGUCUCAGAGCCUGCGAGAGCGUGACGGGCAGAGGACUCAAAGCUUUGGCUGCAAACUGCUGCGAGCUGCAGCUUCUCAACGUGCAGGACUGCGAAGUGUCACCGGAGGCCCUGCGGUUUGUCAGACGCCACUGUCGGCGCUGCGUCAUCGAGCACACAAACCCUGCUUUCUACUGAGGCGGGGGCUUCCUGGACUGGUCUUUUGACAAGUGGAUGUUGUAAUAUUCCUGCUAUGGAGUUUGCAGAGUUCAGCGACUGAUGUGUCAGAACUGGUUUUAAAAACUGGCGUGCAAUACUGACCACAAUUUGUCUCUGUAAAUCUGCUUGGUGGUUGUAGACGCUGUCCUUUGAAAUACUUCCAUAGAAUGUAUUUAACAUAUUUAUCAGUAAAAAGGCAGAGAAGCGCAGUAUUUUACCUUCUUUUCAACACCACAACUUAAAAUGUAACAACAUGCUACAGCACUGAGCAGUGGGUACAGUUUGUCACCAUUUAAAACAUUAUAAUUAAUGUUAUCCUAUCACUUUAAAACCCUCAAACUUAAUCAUCUUCAUACAGUAUUACAUCUAUUUAUGAACAGCAACUUUCUUCAGACUAAACCACUAAGAAUGUAGCAGCCAUUACAGCAGAUCUAAGUUAAAAUAUUCUGUUUCACUUUCCUUAUGUUGUGUGCAUACGCACUUUAUGCAUUUGUGCUGACAAUCACUUACAACUGAGCUCAAAGUGUCUUCAUAAUGCCAACUGAUUUUGCUGUAUAGUAGGAGUAACUUUUAGUCACAGCCUGCCAAAUUAAAGUGUUUUCGAUCAUGUUGAAAAUAAAAAAAUAAAAAAAACACAACACAUUGCUGCUAUAACUGUGCCAAUAAAAAAAU